UAUCUUUGAAUCAAAAUUUCUGGUUCUCAUACAACCGGAAAGUUGAAGCAGCAAGAAAUGGCUUCUUUUGCCUCUCCAUCUUCUCUGCUUUUCUCCUCUCCAACCUCUAAUGUUCCUUCAUCAACAAUCUCUUCUCAUCCCCGUCUCUCUGUUUCCUCGUCUAUAUACUCUUUCUCUCAGUCUUCUAAUCUUUCGUCUUCUCUCUCCAUUUCUUCUCCUCUUCUCCUGUCCCCGAUAAAUUCCAGAGUCAUUUCUUUCUCAUCCUUCAGUGUCAAGGCAACUUUUGAGAAGAAGAAGGUUCUCAUUGUCAACACUAACAGUGGUGGGCAUUCGGUUAUUGGGUUUUACUUCGCUAAGGAGCUUCUGGGUUCUGGUCAUGAUGUUACGGUGAUGACUGUUGGAGAUGAAAACUCUGACAAGAUGAAGAAGCCUCCUUUCAACAGAUUCUCUGAGAUUGUGAGUGCUGGGGGUAGUACAGUGUGGGGAGAUCCAGCUGAGGUCGGGAAGGUUGUUGGAGGGGCGAUUUUCGAUGUUGUGUUGGACAACAAUGGAAAGGAUUUGGACGCCGUGAGGCCUGUGGCAGAUUGGGCCAAGAGUGCUGGUGUCAAGCAAUUUCUGUUCAUCAGCAGUGCUGGAAUUUACAAGCCAACUGAAGAGCCUCCUCAUGUUGAAGGGGAUGUUGUUAAAGCUGAUGCCGGUCAUGUUGCAGUGGAAAAAUACAUAUCAGAGAUUUUCAGUAGUUGGGCCAUAUUCCGUCCACAAUACAUGAUUGGAUCUGGAAACAACAAAGAUUGCGAGGAGUGGUUCUUUGAUCGAAUUGUUCGGAACAGACCAGUUCCAAUCCCUGGCUCAGGAAUGCAACUCACCAACAUCUCCCAUGUUAGGGACUUAUCUUCCAUGCUUACCCUAUCUGUCCAGAAUCCAGAUGCUUCAAGUGGAAACAUUUUCAACUGUGUAUCUGACCGUGCUGUAACUCUGGAUGGAAUGGCUAAACUCUGUGCUAAGGCUGCUGGUCUCCCUGUUGACAUUGUUCAUUAUGAUCCAAAAGCUGUUGGGAUUGAUGCAAAGAAAGCAUUUCCUUUUCGUAAUAUGCACUUCUAUGCAGAGCCAAGAGCUGCCAAGGAGAUACUGGGGUGGAGCAGUACCACUAACCUUCCUGAAGAUUUGAAGGAGAGGUUUGAUGAGUAUGUAAAGAUUGGUCGAGACAAGAAGUCCAUGAAGUUUGACAUUGAUGAUAAGAUAUUGAAUUCUCUUAAAGUUGCAGUACCAGUGUAAAGGCCAAACCUGAGUAUUACUGCUCAUAGAUAUUUUACAAGACCUUGUAAAAUCACACAAUGGCCUGAGUAGCACUUUUU